AUGUUCCGCCUUCCUGCUGCUGCUGCUGCUCGCCCUGUCUCGCGUUCAGCUACUGGUGUCCUUAAGCGUUUCUACUCCCACAAGGAGCUCAAGUUUGGUGUUGAUGGCCGUGCUGCUCUUCUUCGUGGUGUUGAUGUGCUUGCCAAGUCUGUUGCCGUAACUCUUGGUCCUAAGGGUCGCAAUGUCCUUAUUGAACAACCUUAUGGUUCUCCCAAGAUUACCAAGGAUGGUGUCACUGUUGCCAAGUCUAUCACUUUGGAAGACAAGUUUGAAAACUUGGGUGCUCGUCUUGUUCAAGACGUUGCCAACAAGACCAACGAGAUUGCUGGUGAUGGUACCACCACUGCCACUGUUUUGGCUCGUGCCAUCUUUACCGAAGGUGUCAAGAAUGUUGCAGCUGGCUGUAACCCCAUGGAUCUUCGUCGUGGUGCUCAAGCUGCUGUCGAUGCCGUUGUUGACUUUUUAAAGGAAAACAGCCGUGUCAUCACCACCUCGAGUGAAAUUGCUCAGGUUGCUACCAUCUCUGCUAACGGUGAUAAGCAUGUUGGUGGUAUGAUUGCUCAAGCUAUGGAGCGUGUUGGCAAGGAAGGUGUGAUCACUGUCAAGGCUGGCAAGACCAUUGAUGAUGAGCUCGAAGUCACUGAAGGCAUGCGUUUCGAUCGUGGCUUCAUCUCCCCUUACUUCAUUACCGAUACCAAGACUCAAAAGGUCGAAUUUGAAAAGCCCUUGAUCCUUUUGUCUGAAAAGAAGAUCUCUCUUCUCCAAGACAUUCUUCCUGCUCUUGAAAGCGCUGCUACUCAACGUCGUCCUCUUUUGAUCAUUGCUGAGGAUGUUGAUGGUGAGGCUCUUGCUGCUUGUAUCCUUAACAAGCUUCGUGGCCAAAUCCAAGUGGCUGCUGUCAAGGCUCCUGGUUUCGGUGACAACCGCAAGUCCAUCCUUGGUGAUAUUGGUAUCUUGACUCAAUCCACCGUCUUUUCGGAUGACCUUGAUGUCAAGCUUGAGCGUGCUACUCCCGAACUCUUUGGUACUACUGGUUCCGUUACUAUCACCAAGGAAGAUACCAUCAUCCUUAAUGGCUCUGGUUCCAAGGAUAUGAUCAACCAACGUUGUGAACAAAUCCGUGGUGCUAUGAACGAUGCCAGCACCUCCGAGUACGAAAAGGAAAAGCUUCAAGAACGUCUUGCUAAGCUCUCUGGUGGUGUUGCUGUCAUUAAGGUCGGCGGUGCUUCUGAGGUUGAAGUCGGCGAGAAGAAGGAUAGAUUUGAUGAUGCUCUUUGUGCCACCCGUGCUGCCGUCGAAGAAGGUAUUGUUCCUGGUGGUGGUGUUGCCUUGCUUAAGGCUGCCAAGGCUCUUGACAAUGUCAAGGCUGCCAACUUUGAUCAACAACUUGGUGUCAACAUCAUUCGUCAAGCCAUUCAACGCCCUUGCCGUACCAUUGUUGACAAUGCUGGUGGUGAAGGUUCUGUUGUUGCCGGUAAACUCCUUGAGGAACACGUUGACAAGUUCUCUUUCGGUUAUGAUGCUUCCUGCAACGAGUAUGUCGACAUGAUCGAACGUGGUAUUCUUGAUCCCACCAAGGUUGUUCGUACUGCCCUUUUGGAUGCUAGCGGUGUUGCUUCUUUGCUCACCACCACUGAGUGCAUGAUCACUGAUGCUCCUGAACCUAAGGGUGCUGCUGGUGGCAUGCCUGGUAUGGGUGGCAUGGGUGGUAUGGGCGGUAUGGGUAUGGGCAUGUAA